AGCAUUUAGAGACAGCGAGAAAGACACAAGACAGCCUGAGAAGCAAGAUUGAGAAAAAAAAAGCCAUUAAAAAUUUUUUUUCUAGAUGGUGAUAGAAAAGUGAGAAGUCUAGCCUUGCUUGGAAACAGAAGGUAGUUGGAGAGGCGCCUGAAGAGAGACAACUUUUGAAGAGAAUUUUCUUGUAUGGAAUUGCCCACGAUUAAAGCAUAACCUGUUUUCAAUAUUUAUUUUUCAAUUUGCAAGUCUCUUUCACUCUUUGACCAUGAGGCACAUCUAUCUGCUGAGUCUGGGUAUUUUAUUGACAUUGACAGAGAGCACAGCGAUUGACUGCCCUGAGGGAUAUAUAAAAUUUAGGGGGAAGUGUACAGAUUAUGAUGAGUGUAAGUAUGAAUCACCCAUUUGUGGAGAAAAUGCAAGAUGCUUCAACACAAAUGGCAGUUACUACUGUCUGUGUCAAGAAGGGUUCACACCAACUCACAAUUUCACACUAGAGGAUAGUAUUAAAUGCCAAGACAUCAAUGAAUGUGUGGAUCAAAGCAUUGAUUGUGGUCCUAAUACAAAAUGUAAAAAUACUGAAGGAAGUUAUUUCUGCACUUGUGAAACUGGCUACUCUUCCAGCAAUGGGAAAGAGAUGUUUUCUGCAGGACAAGGAAUUCAAUGUAUUGACAGAGAUGAAUGCGCCGAUCCCAGUACUUGUGGAAUAAAUGCAACAUGUCAUAACACCCCCGGUCAUUUCUACUGCAUCUGUGCUGCGGGCUUCAGCCUGAAGUCAGGAGAAACUAACUUCACUGAUCUACAUGAAUCCUGCAUGAGUGUUUGUGACAUUGAUAAAUCCAUCUGUGGAGAAGGAGGAGUCUGCCAUAACAGCAAAGACGGCCAUGAAUGUGUCUGCAGGUCAGGAUUCACCAACUAUGGUCACAAACAAAUGAAAUGCACAGACAUCAAUGAAUGUGUGGAUCAAAUCAUUGAUUGUGGUCCUAAUGCAGAAUGCGUAAAUUCUGAAGGAGGUUAUUUCUGCACAUGUAAAACUGGCUACUUUUCCAGCAAUGGGAAAGAGAUAUUUAUUGCUGGACAAGGAAUUCAAUGUAUUGACAGAGAUGAAUGCGCCGAUCCCAGUAUUUGUGGAAUAAAUGCAACAUGUCAUAACACCCCCGGUAAUUUCAACUGCAUCUGUGCUGCGGGCUUCAGCCUGAAGUCAGGAGAAACUAACUUCACUGAUCUACAUGAAUCCUGCAUGAGUGUUUGUGACAUUGAUAAAUCCAUCUGUGGAGAAGGAGGAGUCUGCCAUAACAGCAAAGACGGCCAUGAAUGUGUCUGCAGGUCAGGAUUCACCAACUAUGGUCACAAACAAAUGAAGUGCACAGAGCUCAAGUGCAACACAAUUAUAAGCGAGAGCAAAGCAUCCCAGGCAUCUCCAGAGCUAACAAAACUUGUCUCCUUGCUGACCAACAGCUGUUUGGUACUGAAUGAGAACGAGUCUGUCAGGAAGGAGCGUUUUAAACAAGUGGACGGAGAAAGACUUCUUGAGGCAUUUCUGAGUGCUUUAGAUAGUCUGCUUCACGGUGGUUUCCAAGGUGAUAACCAUAAAGUGUCAGCAAUGUUUAAUAUUGUGGAAAGCAUGCUAAAACUGAUAGGACCUCUGCUGUCAGAAAGCCAGACCAAGAGAUCAAGCUCUAAAACCGAGGUGGAGCUGUUGGUAAAGUGGGGCAAAUCUCCACCUGAGGGUGAUUUCAAUAUAUCCUCCGGACACACACAGUUUACAUCCAACUGGGACACAGCAACUGGAAAUACAUACCUUGGCUUUACAACUGCAGCUCUUCUCAGCUACAAAAGUCUGGAAGAAUCACUCAAUGGCUAUUUUAACCAUUUAGAGACACAGAAAAAGCAGACUUUCAAGAUAAAUUCAAAAGUAGUAACUGCCACUGUUAGUAACACAGAGACUGACAAGCUACAGAAACCAGUAAAUUUCACGUUUUCUCACUUGGAGAAAACAAAAGAGGCACACUGUGUGUUUUGGGAUCCUAAACUGAAAGGGGGCGCGUGGUCAGAAGAAGGUUGCAAUAGAGUGAUCUCUAGUGAUUUCCAGACUGUCUGCUCCUGUACUCACCUCAGCAGCUUUGCUGUGCUGAUGGCUCUCUAUGACAUUGGGGAUGUAUAUGAGCUGACUCUGAUCACAUGGGUGGGACUGCCACUGUCUCUGGUCUGCCUCCUCAUCUGCAUUAUCACAUUUUACUUGGUGCGAUCUAUCCAGAGCACACGCAACACCAUCCACCUGCACCUCUGCAUCAGCCUCUUCAUCGCCUACUUUGUGUUCCUCGUGGGCAUCGCCCGCACAGAAAAUGAGGUGGGCUGUGCAGUUGUUGCAGGCGUGCUGCACUAUUUCUUCCUGGCUUCGUUCUGCUGGAUGUGUCUGGAAGGAGUGCAGCUGUUCCGCAUGGUGGUGCUGGUCUUCAACACAACGCUGAGACCCAUCUAUAUGAUUGCCGCUGGUUAUGGAGUUCCUGCUGUCAUCGUUGCAAUUUCAGCCACAGUGAAUCCAAGUGGAUAUGGCACUCGUGGCUACUGUUGGCUCAACAUUCAAGAUGGCUUCAUUUGGAGCUUUUAUGGGCCAGUUUGCGCCAUAAUUAUUGUUAAUGUAUUAUUCUUCCUCAUAACAAUAUGGAAGCUGGCAGAAAAAUUUUCCUCCCUCAACCCUGACUUAAACAAUCUACGCAAAAUCAAGGCAUUUACGGUCACUGCGAUUGCUCAGCUGUGUGUCCUUGGCAUCAUGUGGGUGUUUGGAUGUUUCCAGUUCAAUAAAGACACUCUGGCAAUGUCGUACAUCUUCACUAUACUAAGCAGCCUGCAGGGGGUGCUGAUGUUCAUCAUGCAUUGCUGGCUCUCAAAACAAGUGAGAGACGAGUAUGCCAAAUUUCUGUCAAGUAUCUGUACACCACAGAAGAAUAAAUAUUCAGAGUUCAGCUCAAACCAAACAAGCAAAUCUCAGGGCUCCAAGAGUGUUCAGCACACUGGUGAAUCCCACAUUUAAGAGACCAUGUCAACAGACCAUUGACUUUAUCAUUCAUCUGCAAGCUGAAGUGCCACAUUAUCUCUCUAUAUCUGCUUUCUAUGGAAAAGAUACACUCUAAAAAAUGCUGGGUUAAAAACAACCCAAGUUGGGUUGAAAAUGGACAAAUCCAGCGAUUG